AUGGCUGAUCCACAAACGUUGAAGACCUGGCAGGAAAAGGUCGCCUGGGCUCAGGACUACCGUGACAAAUCCCUAUCCAAAGUUGAGCCCAAGCUCGAAGGCCUCCCCGCCGAGUUACCGCUCAGCUCUCAGGAUCUUCCCAGUCUCGUUCUCACUCCACGUGAAAUUGAAAUUACAGAGAACUACACUGCCAAAGAGCUCCUGGUUGUCUUGCGUGAGAGGAAAAUCUCCGUUGAAGAAGUGACGCGCGCGUUCCUGAGAAGAGCUGCGCUCGCCCAUGCGGCGACCAACUGCUUGACUGAGCUCCGUUGGUACCAGGCCAUAGCGCGCGCGAAAUAUCUGGACUCCCUACCUGAACCCAAAGGCGCACUCUUUGGACUGCCCAUCUCGACAAAGGAGCACCAUGGCCUCGUGGGCGACGACAUAACCGCCCACGCCUGCUACGUGUCCUGGGUUGGCAAGAAGCACGGCUCCAUCAUGAUCUACGACAACUUUUGGGAAGAGGGCUGCGUCUUCUACGCCAGGACGACACAGCCGCAGACCAUUAUGCACUUGGAGACCAACAGCAAUAUCUACGGCCGGACAGUCAACCCAUACAAUCGCAACCUGACGCCGGGCGGCAGUAGCGGAGGAGAAUCUGCUAUCCUCGGCAUGCGUGGGAGCAUAUUCGGUGUCGGCGGAGACAUUGGCGGCAGCAUCCGCUGUCCCGCAGCUCACUGCGGCGUGUACGGCUUCAAGCCCACAACGAAGCGCUUGCCAGUCGGAGGGCAGUGCUCGCACAUGCUGGGAAAGGAGGCCAUCACCUCCACGCUGGGUCCCAUGGCUGUCGACCGCGACUCGCUGGAACUGUUCAUGCAGGUCGCGCUGGCCAAGAAGCCAUGGCGCCUCGAUCCCUCCCUGACGCCCAAGGUCUGGACACCAUACAAGUUUGAGCGGCCCAUGAAGAUCGCCGUGCAGUGGUGGGACGGCGUCGUCAAGCCCCACCCGCCCAUGAUCCGAGCCCUGCGCGAAGUGGUCGAAGCGUGCCUCAAGGCCGGGAUGGAGGUCGUUGACUGGGACUGCGAGGCCCUGGACCACCAGAAGGGAUGGGAGAUCCUCGCUUCGCUGUACUGGCCCGACGGCGGGAAGGAGGUCUUGGGCCGCCUGGAAGAAAGCGGGGAGCCAGUCCUGCCGCUGACCAAGUUCAUCAUCAACGAGCAGAAGAGCGUCAAGGAUCUCACGCAGGCCGAGCUCUGGGCGCGGUGCCUCGAGCGCGACGCGUACCGCGAGGCCUACGCCCGUGCGUGGACCAAAACCGGUGAGAAGGAUGGCCGCGAGAUCGACGUGAUCCUCUGCCCGCCAUCGUUUGGGGCGGCCACGCCGCACGACCAGUCGAGAUAUUGGGGCUACACCGCCCACUGGAACCUGCUCGACUAUCCGGGUGCCGUGUUCCCGGUCACGACGGUUGAUCCGGUCAAGGAUAUCAAGGACAAGAACUAUGUGCCGAAGAACGAGGAGGACAAGUUUGUGUAUGAUAUGUACUCUCCAGAGAAGUAUGCCAACGCACCAGUCAGCCUUCAGGUUAUUGGGCGAAGAAACUACGACGAGAAAGUACUGGCAGCCUUGGCUGAGAUUGAGCAAGCAUUAGGACGGAAGUAG